AUGGCAACCACAACUAUCACAUCAACGACGCGGGAGGAUCUUGCUACUAAAGUCAGGAUAGAUGCAACAUCCUCAAAUCCGGAAUGGGCCACGGGGGGUUAUCCCUUCCCCGGAAUGCCAAAAUUCGAGGACAAGUACAAAGAACGGGAGUGGCAGUUGGAGCAUAUGGCUGGGGCGUUCAGAGUUUUCGCUCGUAAGGGAUACACCGAGGGUUCCGCUGGACACAUCAGCCUCCGUGAUCCUGUCGACCCUAGCACAUUCUGGAUUAAUCCGAUGGCUGUUCAUUUCGGACUUCUUACGGCAAAGGACAUGGUCCAGGUGAACGAAAAUGGCCAAGUUAUCGGUGGAAACAAGGUAGCGAUAAAUACUGCCGGUUUUUCUAUCCAUAGCGCUAUCCACAAAGCCAGACCGGAUGUUCAUGCCGCCUGCCAUACUCAUUCUCCCGCUGGGAAGGCUUGGUCCACUUUCGGCCGACCUCUCGAUAUCAUUAACCAAGAUUCUUGCACCUUUUUACACAACCAAGCAGUAUACGACAGCUUUGGGGGUAUGGCACUGAAGGGAGAGGAAGGCGAAAGGAUCGCCAAAUCGCUGGGGAGUGAUAAGACGGUUGCAAUACUUCAAAACCAUGGUCUGUUGACUACUGGAUCGACGGUGGAUGAAGCUGCUUAUCUAUUUACACUUAUGGAGCGUUCAUGCGAAAUCCAGAUCAUGGUCGAGAGCACUGGCAUACCAAAGAAGUAUAUCGGUUCUGACGAAGCUGAGUAUACCUGCAAGAUCAACACCGACCCGGAAACUCUAUAUGCGGAAUUUCAGGUGGAUCUCGAUUUUGAGAUCAGGAUGUCCAAUGGCGAAAUAAGAAAGGUGGCCUAG